AUGUACGCCCAGGACGGCCUGUGGGCCUUACUAGCGUGCUUGCCCUGUGGGCAUGGCAGCUCGCAUGUUCAUAUCAACGGCGUGGACUACGAGAUCUGCAAGUUGUUGGGCGAAGGCGGGUUUAGUAUGGUCUACCUGGCGCGCGACACACAGACCGGCGCCAUGUAUGCGUUGAAAAAGAUUCGGUGCCAAAACGGCGCAGAAUCGCUGCGCGAGGCGCUGGCAGAGAUAGAGGCGAUGCGGCGGUUCCGUGGGCCGCAUGUCUUACGGCUGGUAGAUUCAGCGGUGUUGGCCGAUCAGGCGGCUGCGUCGACGCUCCUAGGCAAUGUACCGAGCCACGACGAGGAAAGUUGGCGGACGAACAAAGUCGUGUACCUGGUGCUGCCCUACUUUCGGAACGGGAAUUUGCAGGACGCGAUCCAUGCGCAUAUCGUGCAUGGCACACACUUUGACGAGACGCGCAUGCUGCGUCUCUUCUUAGGCGCAUGUGAAGCGGUGCAGACCAUGCACGAGUACCGUCUGCCAGCGAGCCACAUAGAGGCGGCCGAGCCAGAGACGAAGGAGGAUACGUUGCUGUUUGAUGCCGACGCCAGUGACACCUAUCCCCCCACGGAGCCGAUGACAUCGAGGCCCUCUACGACGAGAGACGGUGAGCGUGUGCCGUAUGCGCAUCGCGAUAUCAAGCCUGCCAACAUCAUGAUCGCCGAUGACGGGAGCACGGCGGUGCUCAUGGACUUUGGUAGCACUAUUCGUGCCCGCGUGAGUAUUGCGAACCGACGCGCGGCCGUCGCGCACCAGGAUCUGGCGGCUGAGCGCUCCAGUAUGCCGUACCGUGCGCCUGAACUGUUUGACGUGAAGAACGAUACCACGAUCGACGAGCAGGUGGAUAUUUGGUCGCUGGGGUGUACGCUCUAUGCGAUGGCGUACCUGCACUCGCCGUUCGAGACGCCGUCUACGACGGAGCAAGGCGGCUCGCUGGCCCUGGCCAUCGCGAAUGGCGCGUACAAAUUCCCCGCCGACGAUCCGUACUCGGACGCGGUACGUUCGAUCAUUCGGCGAUGCUUGGCUCGCGAGCCGGCGGAGCGGCCCACCAUUCACACACUCAUAGAGGAAGUUCGAUCCGCGUUGCGUCUAUAG